CUAUAAAAAGCGCUGAGCAGGGCGGUUGGAGCCAGUUGCUCUCUCAGCUUCCAAGGGGAUUUACAGCGGAGUCAUCAGGACCUAUUCACACCGGCAACAUGAGGGAAAUCGUGCACCUGCAGGCUGGGCAGUGCGGUAACCAGAUCGGUGCCAAGUUCUGGGAGGUCAUCAGUGACGAACAUGGAAUUGACCCAACUGGCACCUACCACGGGGACAGUGACCUCCAGCUGGAAAGAAUCAACGUGUACUACAACGAGGCGACAGGUGGCAAAUAUGUUCCCCGUGCAGUCCUGGUGGACUUGGAGCCCGGUACCAUGGACUCUGUGCGGUCUGGACCUUUCGGACAGAUCUUCAGACCUGACAACUUUGUGUUCGGCCAGAGCGGUGCUGGAAACAACUGGGCCAAAGGACACUACACAGAGGGAGCAGAGCUGGUUGACUCUGUAUUGGAUGUUGUCAGGAAGGAAGCAGAAAGCUGUGACUGUCUCCAGGGCUUCCAGCUCACCCACUCUCUGGGUGGUGGCACUGGCUCUGGUAUGGGUACCCUUCUCAUCAGCAAGAUCAGAGAAGAAUACCCCGACAGAAUCAUGAACACUUUCAGCGUCGUGCCCUCCCCCAAAGUAUCCGAUACUGUAGUAGAGCCAUACAAUGCCACCCUGUCCGUCCACCAGCUUGUAGAGAACACAGAUGAAACCUACUGCAUAGAUAAUGAAGCCCUGUAUGACAUCUGCUUCAGAACCCUGAAACUUACAACCCCCACCUACGGUGACCUGAACCAUCUGGUAUCUGCCACCAUGAGUGGUGUCACCACCUGCCUGCGCUUCCCUGGCCAGCUGAACGCUGACCUGCGUAAACUGGCCGUCAACAUGGUGCCUUUCCCCCGCCUGCACUUCUUCAUGCCCGGCUUUGCCCCACUCACCAGCCGUGGCAGUCAGCAGUACCGUGCCUUAACCGUCCCUGAGCUGACACAGCAGAUGUUUGACGCCAAGAACAUGAUGGCUGCCUGCGACCCACGUCACGGCCGCUAUCUGACCGUUGCCGCUGUCUUCAGAGGCCGCAUGUCCAUGAAGGAGGUGGAUGAGCAGAUGCUGAAUGUGCAGAACAAGAACAGCAGCUACUUUGUGGAAUGGAUCCCCAACAACGUCAAGACAGCUGUCUGCGACAUCCCGCCCCGAGGCCUGAAGAUGUCCGCCACCUUCAUUGGCAACAGCACUGCUAUCCAGGAGCUGUUCAAGCGCAUCUCCGAGCAGUUCACCGCCAUGUUCCGUAGAAAGGCCUUCUUGCAUUGGUACACCGGCGAGGGCAUGGAUGAGAUGGAGUUCACUGAAGCUGAGAGCAACAUGAACGACCUGGUGUCAGAAUACCAGCAGUACCAGGACGCCACAGCAGAAGAGGAAGGGGAGUUUGACGAGGAGGCCGAAGAAGAGGCUGCCUAAGGAGCCCCGCCACCAGUUGUAAAUUAUGUUCAAAGCUGUAACGUCUCAUCUCCUGUUCAUCAAACUCCUGUUUUUGUUUCUCUGUUCAUGUUUAUUGGUUUGUUAACUUUUUUCUGCUGCUCCUCAUUUCGUGCUGUACAGAACUUUACACCAACAUUAAAGCAUUUUUCGUA